AUGGAUAUGGCAAACGCGUCAAUUCCCAGCUCGGGAGUCGCCUCUACUGUCAUCCUUGUGGAGCUUGGCGAUGUCGUUCUAGAGACGUCUUUUAAGGCUCUUACUGCCAUUCCCAUAUUCACUUUCAAGUCCAUCAUGCAUUGCUGUGCUACAUACGCAUACCAGCAGGGCGCCUCAAGCCGCCCAGACUACAUUCGACGUCUUCAGGCUGAAUUUGAGCUCUCAGAAGCCGAGAUUGAGUGUGCAUUUGACCAGGUCCAUGCAACCUACACUAUCAACACACAGUUACUCGCCUUUCUAAAAGAGCUCAAAUCUGUUUCGAAGGACAUAAAGAUAUAUGCCUUUGCAAAAAUCGGGAAAGAAGAGUACGACCGCAAUUUUCAUUUGCCAGUGGAUUGGGCCAUCUUUGACCACAUCUUCGCAUCUUACAAAAUUGGAAUGCGAAACCCACAAUUCAACUGCUUUCAUCACGUUCUCGAUUCGAUCAACAAACCUGCACAUGAGAUACUCUUUGUGGACCGAGACACGGACAAUGUGAUGACUGCAGCGUCGUUGGGAAUGAAAGGGGUUGUAUUUGAUGGAGCGGUGAAUUUCCAGCAGACUGUUCGAAACAUGGUUUUUGACCCAGUCGCGAGGGGCAAAGCAUUCCUUCGCAGGAACAAGAAAACAUACAAAUCUAUUAGUGCCAACGGGGUCGCCAUUGAUGAGAACUUUGCCCAACUCAUGAUUCUGGAAGCCACAGGAGACGACGAACUCGUUGAAAUUGACCAUCAUGAGACUACAUGGAAUUAUUUCAUUGGUACACCCGUGCUUACGCAGACGGUCUUUCCCGAUGAUCUUGACACUACAUCUUUGGCACUUAUGGUCCUGAUACAACCUGAUCAUAUCGUCCAUGGUGUUUUAGACCGUAUGCUGGAAUAUGUCAACGAAGACGGUAUCAUUCUUACAUUCUUUACUUCCUUCAAGAACCGCGUUGAUCCAGUUGUUUGCGUUAACGUUCUCGGUUUGUUCUACCGGUACGGCCGUGGACAUCAAUUGUCCAGAACCCUCGAGUGGCUCAAGGAUGUUCUCAUUCGUCGAGCCUAUAUGCAUGGAACGGCCUUCUACCCAACUCCCGAGCACUUCCUUUUCUUUUUCUCCCGCUUCCUAGGUUUCAUUAAAGAAAGCGAUUCCACACUUCACGAUGAGCUUGCGAUCCUUUAUAUCCCGCGCUUGAAGGAGCGCCUUGGUACACCAUGUGACUCUGUCGGAUUAUCUAUGAGAUUGAUUGCAUGCAACCAAUUUGGAAUUGCUGAUCAAAUUGGUCUCGAGACCCUUAAAGCCACACAGUGUGAAGAUGGUGGAUGGGAUAUGGGUCUUCUCUACCAAUAUGCUUCCAAAAAGUUAAAGAUCGGCAACCGAGGAGUGAGCACCGCUUUGGCAGUCAGUGCAAUUGAGAGCUUCCCGUGGCCCAAUGGCAAAUCGAUCGGUCUUUCAAAUGGAGUACUCGAAGAUUUUUCUAAUGGCGUGUCUACUAAUGGCGCGUUCGAAAUUCUGGUUCCCACACUUGAAUACGGCAUGCUCAGCCCACGGAAUGAAGUGCAAGUUGCCUGGGCAUGA